UAAACAGCUAGAAACCCAUGCCAGACGCAAAGGUCAAUAUCGCCAGUAACAAACUAGCCAUGUCUCGGGCACUCGGGGCUGCGUUUCUCAACCACCAGGUCGAGCAGCUCGAGAAAUCCGUGACUGGGACAGGCUCAGGAAACUGGAGAGAUCGUCGAAAUGGCCAGACAAAUGGCCAUGUUGCUUCUAACUCACCAAGGCGGGGUCCGAACUCACCCGGCGCCAAAGUGGCCCCCACAAGAAAGAGGGGCGAAGCUCCUGUUGCAACCACACCCGGGACCAGAGAUAAAGCCAAUCAGAGGGAGGCUGAGCAGCGCAGGAUGACCAGCGUGAGCCCUACAGCUAGGAAGAGGGCGGACGAAGAAGCAAAGGACGCCGACGUUGUGGUUGUGGACGCCAGCGUCCUUGUUCACGCACUUUACAAGGUCAAAAAGUGGUGCAGGGAGGGAAGGGAAGAGAUCGUUAUUGUUCCUCUUGAAGCCCUCAACACUCUGGAUCUCUUGAAGAAAGGGAACAGUUCGCUCGCCCAGCGCGCCCGUGCCGCCUCUCGCAUUCUCGAAGCCCAGGUCGGAACAAACCCUCGCAUCCGGGUUCAACGGGACGACGCUUUCGUCUUGUGGGACACUAUUCCCGUCAAAGAAGCCACCACCUGCCCGGAAUGGGUCCGACGAGUCAUUUGCUGUGCUAAAUGGGAGUCUGAACACGUCAACGAGGAACUGAGCGGCGCCGCGCCCAAGAAUCCCAAAAUGGUGUUGGCUGUGCUCUCCUCGUCCCCGAACGUAUCCCCUCAAACGACGACGAUGCGACUCGAGAGUGACUCCCCAGUUCCGCUUCCAGCCCCGAAUCCACACCAUCACAACAAACACGAGCCUAGGUCGUCUGGAUCUCUCGUCUCAGCCUGGGCUAGUCGUGCCGGCAUUCAGCUCCUCGAGGUGGAGCCUACCAUGCCAGGCCGCGGUGCAGUCGAGGACGACGAUCGAGCGAGACGUCGCCGCCCUUCGGGCAACGCACUAGUCGAACGUCCCCCUGCUGUGAUGACCAUGAUGGAGAUGGUAGCUCAGCCCAGCAAGACCGUCCGUCUCCUGGCCCGCGGCGAGAAGCUUGACCCAGAUUCUUAA